AUGCCUCGAACUCGCCGUCAACACCUCGAACCCGACCGGAAGAAGGCACCGCCCUCAUCUACAGUGCCAUUGUUGAUGGGAUCGGGGCGGAAGUUGGUCAUCAUUGGAGACGGUGCUUGUGGAAAAACCAGUUUACUCAGUGUCUUCACCCUUGGCUAUUUCCCAACUGUGCCGACGGUAUUCGAGAACUACGUGACGGAUUGUCGAGUCGAUGGUCGCUCAGUGCAAUUAGCACUUUGGGAUACCGCGGGACAAGAAGACUACGAGAGAUUACGACCACUGGCCUACUCCAAAGCACAUGUUCUUCUGAUCGGAUUCGCGGUGGACACGCCAGAUUCGCUGGCCAACGUGAAGCACAAGUGGAUCGAAGAAGCGAACGAACGAUGUCCCGGUGUGCCGAUUAUCCUGGUCGGCCUGAAGAAGGAUCUCCGUGAAGACCCGCUGGCGAUCGAAGAAAUGCGCAAAAAGUCGCUGAAGUUCAUCACGACCAAAGAAGGCCACGAGACCGGAACACAAGUUGGAGCGCGCAAAUACCUCGAGUGCUCAUCCUUGACGGGCGAGGGUGUCGACGACGUCUUCGAGGCGGCCACACGCGCCGCACUCCUCACAUUCGACAAGCGCAAAAGCUCAUGCUGCGUGGUUCUAUAA